GUGGGAAACGGGUGAAAGCUAUGGCUAAUCUUCCUCCUCCUUUCGCUUUCUCCAAGGCUUCUUCUUCCAGCAACGAUCCCAAGCCCUCUCCCGUGGAGCAGUUGGUGCUCGACAUCUGUGACCCUGAACUCAGGGAGAAUGCUCUUCACCAGCUGUCCAAGAAAAGGGAGAUCUUUCAUGAGUUGGCUCCGCUGUUGUGGCACUCUGUUGGUACUACCGCUGCUCUUCUUCAGGAGAUCAUCUCAGUUUACCCCUUCCUGUCUCCUCCAACCCUGACUGUUGCUCAGUCCAACAGGGUCUGCAAUGCCCUUGCGCUUUGUCAGUGUGUUGCUGCUCAUCCUGAAACGAAAAUGCCGUUCCUUAGAGCUCAGAUGCCAUUGUACCUGUAUGCUUUCUUGAAGACGUCAAGCAAGGAGAGACCCUUUGAGUACCUGCGUUUGACUAGCUUGGGUGUUAUUGGUGCACUUGUCAAGGUUGAGGAUACGGAAGUGAUCAAGUUCCUUCUUGAAACUGAAAUCAUCCCAUUGUGCCUUCGUACAAUGGAAAGUGGCAGCGAGUUAUCAAAAACUGUUGCAACCUUCAUUAUUCAGAAAAUUUUGCUGGACAACGAAGGGCUUCGUUACAUGUGCGUCUGUGUGGAUAGAUUCUUUGCUCUGAGUCGAGUUUUGGGGAAUAUGGUGACUUCACUUGCAGAAGCACCUUCUCCUAGGCUUCUAAAGCACAUCGUCCGCUGUUACCUUCGCUUGACAGAUAACAUCAGGGCCUGCCUUGCACUCAGAGACUACCUCCCGGAUCUUCUAAGCGAUACCACCUUCACCAGCUGUCUCUAUGAAGAACCAGCUGCAGUGCAGUGGCUGCAGCAAAUGCACCACAACAUCAGGGUUAGACCACCACCAGGGCUCUAGCAUUUGUUUGUAAAUCAAAUCGGACCCCUGAUUUUUAUAUUCUUGGCAAAAACUUCUAUUGAUUGGACCAAAAUUUAAAGGGGGAGGGGGUUUAAGAAUUUACAGAUGAGGAUUAUAAACUCAUAAACCAAAAUAUUUUGGAUAUAUAUGUAUUUGGAUUACCAAAUUGCCUUAU